AGAUGGGUGUCGGUGUGUGGCGAUGCCGGCGGCGCUGGUGACACUUUCCGAAGCCUGCCGAUGUCCCAUUGCCAGAGGGGCCACGGCAGCGACGGACUCCUACUCGGUCCUGACCGUCAGUGUGUGGAGACGUAACCUGGACUCCCUGAAGAACAGAGCUGGCCACCGCGUGCUCUGGGUGGCGGAGCGUCCGGCGUCGGUGCGCUGGCGCGCGCAGCCGGGCCGCACCAGCCUGGUCGACUGCUUCGUCGCCUGUCGCGACCUGGCAGGCACGCGACUCAUGCUGCUCGGAGUAAAUGGAUGUGAGUGCGGAUCAACUGACACAGCUGGCAACGUGACUGUUCGCGAGUGGAAAAUGGAUUCUUCACAAGGAAAAGCAGCGCAAGGAUUCCUCCUUGUUGAGAAGAAUGAAAAGUCUGCCGGUUUCCGGCCUCGGACCUUUGAAUGGAACCAUGACGUAAAAGAGGCAAAAUUCGAGAACACCACUGGCAAGAACGUGAAACAAGCAUGGAUGCCAGGACCAGCUACCAACAGCUCUGAACAUCCGGAAUCAUCCCAAAAUGUGACCUACAACGGUGAAAAUACUGACAGUAAAGAAACCCAUCGUCAGCGCUCCCUUACAGUUACAGGAGAAAAUAUCACCAUCACCUCCAACAAACGAACCCACUACAUCAUGGCAAAGGCUUUUUUGACGGAACCAGACAAGUCGCUGAACAGAGAAACCGCGGCCCAGAACAGUAGUUCCAGCGCAGUUACCGAAUUCCUUGGCCGUUCAAUGUAUCCUGCAACAUACCGACGAAUUAAGAAGCGGCAACUCGUUCAUACCCGAGUGGUCGCCAAGCAGUCUGGCGUGCAGUCGCGGGUGGCCAGGGCGGUGCUUGACGGCGGCCAAGAGAGACGGCGCCGCGUGACUGAGUACUUCAACGGCACGAUACUUCUGAUAAAGCCCGCAGUGAAUGGAACGUGCUACGUGGGACCGGCGAACAAAACCUACUGGAAAUCCGCCAACGUCAGCGCCGACAACCACCUGAAAUGUCUCUGCCACUGUCUGGAUAAGGAGCAGCUCUUUGUGGCCAUCUUAGAAGGUGGGAGCUGCUUCUGUGGUCUUAACAGUGACCAGAUGGGGAACGUCACGUCAGGUGCGUUGCCGCCUGCUGCAUGCCCCAAGGGCACUGAACGCACGACCUUCAGUGUCACCGGGUCUGUUCAGCCCCUCCUGCAGUACUGCAAACACGCCAAUUCUUCAGAGUCAAUACGGAUCGGCGAAACAGGUCAGCACCGACGCACUCGGCUUGUGUUGUUCCACAGCCGAGGGAUUCGGAGAAUGAUCUCGUCCGAGGACGGCCUGUCAGCUAUGCACACCUCACGUUCAGUUUUAAAUAGAGCGACUUCCAUGCACAAGAAGCAUGCAAAAAACGGAACUAUGAUUGAAGGCAGAUGGUCUCACCUUUAUCCUACUCCCUUCGCAAGGUUGUUUCGGCUAGAACUUGUGGAGAGACGAGUGGUGAACUACGACGAAACAUACUUCUUCCACAAGGACGAAAGCAUGGAAAUGAGAAAAUACAAGCGCAUUAGUAUGUUCUUAUAGAUGUUGAAUAUCGUAGUAAAUAUAAAAUGCCACCAGAAUCUGUGGAAGAAUCUGUGUCCGAAGCAAUGAUCGGACGAUUCGUAUGCACGCAGACUUGCUGCGGCUAUUUGACUCACGUUUGCCUAUGAAUCAACCACCUCACUGCAUCACGUAGGUAAACCACCUCACAACGAAUAGCAGGGGCCGCCCUGAAUG